AUGAGGCUCUUCCUUCUCUUCCUCGCCCCGGCGGUCGCGAUGAUGGCCGACUCGCGCCACCCCGUCCACCCGAUGCCGCAAGAGGCGAUGGCGCUCAUCGCCAUCCUGCUCUUCUUCCAACUCUAUACAUGGCGCAACAAGGUGAAGGAAACGGUCGGCCACAUCUCGCCCGCGACUGUCAAGGCCAUGAUAGCGUGGUCGCCUGCCGCUUACCGCCAGAUGCACCAGCCUUGGAUCUACCUCGUCUCCAUCUACGACGACUGGCCGUCGCUCAACGCCUCGCUCAUCCGCUUCAAGGCGAGCUUCCCCGACCUGGACAUCGAGGCGAUGAUGGACAACUUUCCUGGCUUCCCCCGGUGGACCAUGCAGCUCUUUGACCAGACCCAGUAUGAUCUUCGCCACCUCUCCAUGUUCUACAAGUGCGCUGGGAUGGUCAUGUACUACAAAGCCAUCCGAGCCUCUGGGCACGACACCAAUGACUACUACGCGUGGACGGACCCCCUCGACCCGUUCACCACUGACCACAGCAAGCAGGAGGCUUUCCUCGCGCAGGCGCUGCUCCCGCCGCCCAGUGCGCCGUCCGAUGUGCCGCUCGCGCUCUGCGCGCCAGCGGGGCAUGCGAGCGGCGCACUGGCGCUCGGCAUCUCGCCGCCUCCGUCGCCGCCAGACGCCCCGACGCCCGCCUCGGGCUUCGAGCGCGGGGAGACGCUCAUCACCAAGGACUUCACCUCGCAGCCCUCUUUCAAUGGCGUGCGCGUCGUUGUGGUCGAGUGCCUCGGCGACGGCAAGUACGUCAUCGAAGGCAAGUUUGACGGCGUCACCCCGCAUCUCAUCAAGGUCCGCGAGGCGAGGCUCCAGCGGCUGCCUGCAAGCAUGCGGACGAGCCUCGCGGUGGUGCCGCAGCCGCCUCCGGCUGCCCCACGUGCGCACCACGCCGUCCCGCGGCCCCUCCUUCCCGUGCAACUGGAGGCAGGGGGCCGUGCUCUGGCGACGGCCCGGUCCAACGGCGGCGUGCAGGCCUACGGCGGCGGCACCAACGUCUCACCGGCGCCCUCCACCUUCGCGGCGUCGCAGCCCUUCCGGCACCCCGGCGCGCGCUCACUGCCCCAGGGCGUGGCGGACCGCCUGGCCAACCUCGAGGGGCCGAACAAGCCGACCGACUACCGUAGCUUGCCGGGGACGCCGCAGAGCGGCGGGCCCACGCUUUCGGCCACCAAGAAUGCGCAGCUCCACAGCCGCGCGUUCGUUGCGGACGUGGCGGACCGCGUCAAGGCGACCGCCGCCACGCACGCCGCCGCCGUCACGGCGACGCUCGACCAGCGCGUGGCGAAGCGCAAGGCGGACGCCGCAAACGAGCGCGCGGCGGUGCGCCGGCUCGCCUCCGCGCACGCCAAGUACGCCGUGCGCGGCGCCGCCAUGCUCACCGCCGCCCACGCCCAGACGGAGGAGGCGCGCAUCUCGGAGGUGAAGGAGGCCGUCGUGUCCCAGGAGGUGUUCGCCGUGUCCUUCAAGCCGCACGCCAACUCCAAGAACCUCGCCUCGCCCGACAAGAUCCUCGUCGGGCUCGUCGACAUCCCGCCGCCUGGCAUGACCACCGUGUACGAGAUGGACCGCCACGACAAGAAGGACUCGUCCGCCUGGCGCUUUACGCAGCAGGACUUCAUCGACGCGGGCGUCGGCAGCAUCGUGACCGACUUCAUCAAGUCGCACCCGGGACUCACCAUCCCGACCUACUCCACCAAGGUCUCCAAGUCGGUCAUGUGCACGCCCACCAAGCCCUGCCGCCACUGCCUGGCGGCGCGGACGGCCGCCAUGAUGCGCUCGCCGUAG